UCCCCCCCUCCCCUUCCGCAUCCCGCAGGAGCAACUGCUGGGGCGACGGAAUUGCAGAGGAUCUAGGGGGGCGCUCGGGCUGUAGCCAGCGAUCAAAAUGGAGGAGCGGAACAUGGCAGAACCCAAAGCUGGGGAGAGAUUGGCAGUGGGAGGCAGCGAUCUUCACAUUGUCCAAGUUGGGAUGAUGGGGGAGUUUCUGAGUGGGGUGACCGCACCCCACAUUAAACAAGAACCGGAUGAGGGGCCACAGCAAAGCUGGGGAGUCCAGCGGGAGGCGUUCCUGAAGACGACGGAACAGACUCCACAUUCAGGAUGGUCAGGCGCCCCCCUCCCUCAGCCCCUGUCAGAGAACAGGACAACAGAAUUUUGGGGCUCUUCCAAGGGAGGAGGUGACGCCAACCGGUGGCCAGGAGGAGAAGGCCCAACUCAAUCCAGGCCGAGCCUGAGUGAUCAAGAGGACCACGAGGCCUACAAAAGCCUGGACUCUUCCGUGGAAGUGAAGGAAGAGAUUCUGGACAAAGUGGACACUGCCAACUUGGAGCUACGCUGUCAGCGCUUCAGGCAGUUCAGCUACCAGGAGUCGGAGGGGCCUCGAAAGAUAUUCUGCCAGCUCUGGGAGCUUUGCCACCAGUGGCUGAAGCCGGAGAGGCAUACAAAGGAGCAGAUUCUGGAGCUGGUGAUUCUGGAGCAGUUCCUGAUGAUCCUGCCUCUGGACAUGCAGUGCUGGGUCAGGGAACGGGGGCCCGAGACUUGUGUCCAGGCAGUGACCCUUGCGGAGGAUUUCCUGUGGCGGUCACCAGAGGCCGACGGAACAGAGCACAAGAUCUCAGAGGACGUGGACGGAUUGGUAGCCGACUCUCCCAAAUCGGAGCUGGACCCGUCGGACAUUGUGAAGUUUGAGCUCUCGAUGGAGAACUUGCAAGAGGACCAGCAACAAUAUUUUCUUGGCGAAGUGGGUGAACUGCAAGAGGGAACUUGUGGCACCGCAAGAAAAAAGGCUGCUUAUGACAGUGGGAAAACCCUCCGUCCAUCCUCUGACCACCUUUCCAAGAAUCAGAAGAAAGAGAAACCAUAUAAAUGUUCGUACUGCGGGAAAAUCUCAGAUUGCAGGGCACAUCUGAUCAUCCACGAGAGAACCCACACGGGGGAGAAGCCACAUAAAUGCUCUGUCUGUGGCAAGAGUUUCACUCGUAAAGAGUCUCUUAUUAUCCACGAGAGGUUUCACACAGGAGAGAAGCCCUAUAAAUGCUCAGUUUGCGGCAAAACCUUCAGCGAUAAAAUUGGCCGCCUCAUACAUGAAAGAACCCACACAGGAGAAAAACCGUACAAGUGCACUGAGUGUGGGAAAAGCUUUGGAACUCGCUGUAACCUUCUAAGGCAUAGAAGGGUGCACACGGGAGAGAAACCAUAUAGAUGCUCGGACUGUGGGCAGAGCUUCAGGUAUAGGCCGCAACUGGUGAUACAUGAAGGGACCCACAAGGGCGAGAAACCAUAUAAGUGCCCAGACUGUGGAGAGAGCUUCAAUCAAAGUCGGCACCUCGUUAUUCACAAGUGGACUCACACUGGAGAGAGACCACAUAAAUGCUCCAUCUGUGGCAAAAGCUUCAAUCAGAAAUCGGACCUCAUUACCCACACGAGAACCCACACAGGGGAGAAACCAUAUGUGUGCUCAGAGUGUGGGAAAAGCUUCAUUUCGAGCUGCCAGCUCCGAAAGCACGAGAGGAUCCACACGGGGGAGAAACCAUACCAGUGUUCGGAGUGCGGCAAAUGUUUCACGUACAGCUCUCACCUGACAACCCACAAAAGGACACACACAGGGGAGAAACCAUACCAGUGUCCGGACUGUGGUAAGUGCUUCAUUUCCAGCUCUCACUUCACUGCGCACAGAAGGACGCAUACGGGAGAGAAGCCGUAUCAGUGUUCGUACUGUGGAAACAGCUUCAUCCAGAGAUCCCAGCUCGCUAAACAUGAGAGAUCCCACACAGGCGAGAAACCGUAUAUAUGUUCAGAGUGCGGGCAAAGCUUCCGGUGGAGUCAAGGGCUCAAGAAACACAUGAGGACUCACACAGGAGAGAAGCCGUAUAAAUGCUCACAGUGUGAGAAAACGUUUACUAGUUCCUCUAAUCUCUCUAGACAUCAGAAAAUCCAUGCUAGGGAGAAACUGUAAGGACCCCAAUCAAAGAGACUGUAAACUCCUGUAAAUGUUUAGAUGAUGGGACAGUGUAUUGAGUGGACAUCAGAAAACCACACCAAAGGAAAAUCUUUCCAUUGUGCCAAAACACUCAACGGUACAGUCACACCUUGCCGCUAAUUCACACUGUAAAUAGAGUCUUGGGAAACCUUGACUGGGCAAUAACUUCCUUUUGUAGCUCUCAGUAUCCUAGUCCUCAGAGAAUCCGUUCCAUCACCAAAUGUGGAUCUGGGUCAUUGCCUCUUCCCAAGAGCUGGGCACCCCAAAAUUUGACACUGGCAAUUGAAAAAAAUGGAUUUUAGCUCUCGUGCAGUGGUGUCUUAAAUAGUUGCUGGUUUAAAAUAAGUUUUGUUUAGAAACUUGUAUUCUUCCACCUCUCUUGCUGAGUGUGUACAAUUGCUGAGAAUCAUUUCAUUCCAUUAUCGGGGGGUAUUUUUAGAGCCUGGCAUUUGUAUAUACCUCUUUUGCUUUCAACCACUGUUCCCUGCCUAGAGCUGACGAGAUUUAUAUUGGCC